AUGUGGAUCGAGAAUUUAUGCUAUUGUUGUAAGAUCUGUGACUUCUAUGUGGAUCUAUUCUGUGUCAAGUACCCACCACCAGAUGUUAUAGACAUUUCCGAGACGCAUCACCACAAGCUCACUCAUAUCAAGAAGUGGACCAAGUUCAACUGUAUUGCUAAAUGUGGUAAGAAGUUUUAUGGGUUUCCUUACAAAUGUCUAGAAUGUCAUUUAAUGUUCGAUAUGGAUUGCGUAUGGAACCCACCGGAGGCAAAAAACCAAUCAGAGGUAAACAUUUCUUCCCACCCCUUACACCCUCUUAAGCUACACACAAGUCAACCACCAGACUAUUCUGAUGAAAAAUGUCGUCUUUGCACAAGAAAGAUUGAGGGAUUGUUUUAUCAUUGUUCUUCUUGCAACUUCAGCUUAGAUAUGCGUUGUGUUAUAAAUCCACCACCACAAUUUGUUAUGGAUUUGAAAGUUCAUGAUCACGAACUCACCCUUCUCCCAAGACUCGACUCUUUUACAUGUAAUGCUUGCGGGCUGAAGGGAGAUCGAAGCCCUUACAUAUGUGUUCAAUGUGGUUUCAUAAUCCACCAAGACUGUCUUUCCCUUCCACGCCUCAUAAACAUCAAUCGGCAUGCUCAUCGUGUUUCUCGCACUUCUGUUCUUGGUGUUGUGAACUCUGUAUGUGGUGUUUGUCACCAGAAGGUAGAUUGGACUUGGGGUGGGUAUUCUUGUCAGAGGUGUCCUCAAUAUGUCGUUCACUCGAAAUGUGCUACUAGAAAGGAUGUGUGGAACGGGAAAGAACUCGAAGGAGUGCCUGAAGAGAUAGAAGAUAUAGAGCCAUAUGUGGUAAUUGAUGACAACACAAUACAACAUUUCAGCCACAAAGAGCAUUACCUAAGAUUCCAUGUUAAUGGUCUUCUCUGGGAAGAAAACAAGCGUUGCAGUGCUUGCACCCAUCCCGUUCGUCUCCAAUCGUUCUAUGCCUGUAAAGAUUGUGAUUUCAUUCUUCACCAACACUGCGCUGAAUCUCCUAAAAAAGAAUGGCACGUGCUACACAAUGACCGGCUUACUUUAGUUACAUGCGUGGCCAACUUCUUCUCGUGUACAGCUUGUAGUAGAUUGUCUAAUGGCUUCAUGUAUCAGUGUGAUUUUAUGAAGUUAGAUGUUUUGUGCGGUUUAGUCUCGGAGCCGUAUAUCCAUCCAGGCCAUCCCCAUCAUCCUUUAUAUUACAUCCCACAAGUGGAAGAAAAACAAUGCAAUGGUUGCAACAAUCGGGAGGUUCGUGUGCUUACGUGCAUCGAAAGUGGUUGUGGAUAUGUCUUAUGCUUCGAUUGCGCCACUUUACCACAAGUGGUAAAGCAUAGAGUAGACGGUCACCCUCUCUCACUAUGCUACGGCGAAGAGGCAAGUGGCAAAUACUGGUGUGACAUUUGUGAGAAAGAAACGUAUCCAAAGACAUGGUUUUACACGUGUAAAGAUCACCGAGCUAGUUUGCAUACAAAGUGCGUGCUGGGAGACUUAGUAGGACUCAUGCCAAGAAGCACAAUAGAUUAUUAUGACAUAUCAUAUGAGGUGGUGGUCAAUAUAUAGUAUAUCUCGUCCAUUUUGCAUGGAGUGUAAGUCGCAUUGCAUAUAUCCUACCAGCUUGAAGAUCCUUGGAACCUCAAAUCACAUUUGCUCUUUGAAUUGCGCAUACCUUACAGGAUC